GUACUGCUGAGUACUCCUAAAGGCACUGAUAAUGUCCUCUAAGAGCACUUUCACGCCGAAGGCGUCCCUGACAGAGGCACCUACCAACCUUAAGGAGGCCAUUGACUGGGUCCUGAGGGUAACUGGUAGGGAUGGUAAAAAGCUGGACGAGAACAAGGGAGAAUGUAUAUGUGGCCUGGCGGCGGCAGUGACUGACCUACUGCAGUCAGUACAACUGGAGUACCAUGGGUAUCAAGGUGAAGGCGCUGACACCAGCAAAGGUGCCACUAAAGACGAAGUCACUAACCACCUCAAUGGACUAUUCUCCCUGGUCCAAGGACUGGGUGGUACCGCAGUGGUCCGGACCUAUAUAGACCAGCUGGCACAGGUACUCAGUGCACUCGUUGGGUGGAGUAGUAUAGAGAAGUGUUGGGGCAAGAAGGGUGGCAGUGACAAGUGCGAGGGUAGUGGUGGCAACAAAGAACGCCAUGGCAAAGAUAGUAGCUGCAAGUAUCUACUCGAUGUGGAGGAUAAUAAGCCGUGCGACAAGUGUGGGUGUAUGAAAUGGAAAGAUCCCGAGCCGAGCAGUAAUGAAGGACACCACCUAGGAAGGAGGUGUACAAAGUGUAGUGAUGGUGGUGGUAGUAGUACGUGUAAGUGUAGUGGUACUAGUGGUGGUAACACAUGUCCGUGCGCUAAAAAUAUGUAUCUAUCGGCAUAUAAAGGCGCAUUAGUAAAUGCACUCUACUGGACAGAAGUGGUUACAUUGGAAAAACCACCUACGUGGAACUAUCUUAAGUACAGCCCUCUUGAUGGAUCAUCCCCCUCCCAACGCCGUCACCACUGUGCCCGUAUCUUACUAGGGUCAGUAUGUCUCAUCUGGAGUGGCAUUACUUAUAUGUAUUGGACAGGCAAGUACCAUAAAAGUAGCCCCCGAUGGAACAACCACAUCCUAGAUGGUAGUGGUCUAGAUGAUGGUACCCUAUCACAAUGGCUACAGGCCUUAGGGUUCCCUAGGGAAAUGUUGAAUGACAGCGGUCCUGGAAAUAGGUGGGAUGCUAUUAUAUGGGAUGGGUUGUUGGGAAAACUCUUUCUAGGGUUUACUCACCCUAGUGGUAGUGGUGCCAAUGACGGUAAUACAGCAAAACAACCGACCCUUAUGAACUACCCUGGGUUUAUACACACCAUACAUAGGGAUUCGUUCAAUAAUGAAGCUACUGUGUUCAGGAAUGGUACAAGUAGUGCUGGCCAAGUCAGUGACACUAACCAGCACAAACGAGGUGCCCUCUUCAAACUCUAUAUCCUAUCAUGUGCCUAUUUUACUGGGUUACAAAAGAAGACCCCGCCGAAGGCGGGAAAUACAACCCCUAAGACCAUCCGUGAAAUCCUAUACUGGCUAAGUGCAUUGCCCUAUAGUCAGGCCUAUAAGGGACUGCUAGACUACGCUAAGAAAAGACUAGCAGAAGUACUCAAGAAACCCGGAGAAACUCCAUCUAACUCUGACGAGACACAACUUAAGUUUCACCAACAAGGCCGUAAUGCUCCCAUUACCGUUGAUCAAUACAACCUUUUUGCCCACUUCCAAGCGGUGACCCAGUAUUGCCCACUGGUACUCAUUGGUAUCCAGGGUGGACUAGGAAAAAGCACUGACACGACUACUCCUGCCAUUCAUUCCCUCUACGCUAACACGGAGUGUUCCUUCACCUAUCCCACUGUGUCCAUCCAAGCAUACAACCAGGUGGUCCACUACAUUAGGGCUCUGUUCUACCAACUCUAUUUCCUUAGGAAGCAGUGUGCUGUGAAGGUAGCCCUGGGAGGGAAAUGGCGUGAGUGUAGGUAUGGUCAUGGGGUAGAGUCCAAGGGGGUAAUCAGCUGGAUGUGCCUGGGGUGUGACCCCAUGGAACAUGAUAGGAAAUGUAGGGUUGAUAAGGUAAAGGGGGAGUUGGAUGGGGUAAUGAAGAAGGUAAAGGCAUUGGAAGGGGAGAAGACAGAGGGGAUUAAAGAGGUGAAGGACGUAUUGGUGACUAUAGGGAAUGUAGUGGUACAAUUGGGUAAUGCCCAGGAGGCAUUGGAAGGGAAGGAUAAGGAGGCGAUCAAUGCGGUGAAGGAGGCACUAGAGAAGGCUAAGGAGGCACUAGGGACGGCUAAGCAGGAACUAGAUAAGGUGAAGGAUGAGGAGAAACUAGAGGAGGAUGAACUAGAGAAACUGAAGGAGGCUACGAAGAAACUAGAUGAGCUGACGGGGAAACUAGGGACGGCAGCGGAGAAGGAUGGGAAAGAAGUCGAUCCCGGUAAGAACAAGAUAAGUGAGGCUAUUCAUGGAUUACGUUAUGUAGUAGAGGCACUGAACAAGUUGGCGAAACAAAAUGAAAAGAAUGUAGAAUGUCACGUGAAAGGACCCUAUAAUAACAUUCUCAUGGCCAUCGACCACCUGCAAGAAAUAUGCAACUCUCCCAAGUGCCACAACUGUAAGGACCACUUCACCAAGUGUGGCCAACAGCCAAAGCCCACGAUCUGUCCAACCUGCCAUCAACAGUACAUGGACGGUAAACCCUCCCCCCUCCAGGCAUUCCUUGAGGAUCGGUUACCAGGUUUUAGUUGUGAGGUGGUACGAAGCGAUGAGAGCGCACAGCCACAAUACCCACUGGCUGCAUCCCACUUAGGACACUGUAAUGGCUCAGGUCAGUGCUGCCCAUUGCCAAUGGGCUUCAGAGGGCAAUUCCAGAAGGGCAGCAUCACUGAUAUGACUGGCCAACGCCUUUAUGGAAUCUUAUACUUCUUUAGUAACGGGGACAUGAUGCAGUCGUGUGUCUAUACAUUGGUGAGAGUUACAGCAGCACUCAGUGCUACCACACCACAGGUACUGGGUGACGUCUUUGGGUUCUUUAGGGGUGGUAUUGGAGAGAAGGAAAGUGGAAAGACACAGAAGGGACAGGAUAACACGCCAUGUAAUCACGAUGAGGAUCCUAGUAAGUCGGAAAACAAGGACAAAUACUUUUGCGGCUGGUGUGCCUCUGGGUUACGUGAUGUAGUAAAACAAAUUGAGUGGAUACCCAAUAGUGACAAAGCGCCAUACCGGGAGACUGUCGGCACAGCACUGGUAGACAUUAAGGGCGAUAAAGGAGAGAUUGUUGCUCUUAAAGGCUCUACACAAAACAAUACUACUUCCCUCUCGACCCUGACAAAGGACUCUGAGUACCUCUCCCCCCUAACCGGUGAACUCUACACUGCAGUGAGUGCCACUUUCGGUAACACAUACCUCUCAUGGGUGCUAUACCUAUCAGAUGCCCUUCAUUCAGGACUAGAGUCACUUGCUAGUGCAUUCCAACAGAUUGAAUGCAAUGCCUGCAAGGGACAAUGUGACCCCAAUAAGUGCAGGAAGGGAGAGCACGGAAGAACUACCGGGGACACUAAGGGCACUCCACUAUGUAACUGCUCCUCAAUAGUAUCAUGUACCGGAGUCCUGCCGGUACUCUAUAGACAUGGCUUCAGUUACGGUAACCCAUUCAAUCUGGAGGGGUACCAGCAGAAUGAUACGGAUAAGGGAGAUUAUAGUAUAGAUAACAAGCAGAAUCCUAGGCAGUGUCAUGAGUUCUUAAGCAGUCUUGGUGCAGUGAUUGACAAGAACAAGCAGGACCAGGCCACCUCUCAGGAACAUCCCUUGACAGAGCUACUAAAGCAAGUCGGCAAACUCCAAUACGACAUACGGCUCCCCUGGAUCUUUGUUCUCACGCUAGCCUGGCUAGUAGCGGUACUCUACCUUGCCUUUGGUGCCAUAUGGCCACUGGACUGGACACAUAUGAGGUCACAUUGGUUACGUGGUGGAGCACACCAGUGGCAAUGUAUGUGGUAUAAGGUGAUGACGGGGAGGAAGGGGGUGGAUCUAAUGGAGUAUUUUGGAAGGAGGUAGCGGCAACGUAGUGGCGCCUUCGGCGCAACAGUGCUAU